UGUGUGGGGCGGUCUCUGCUCAGAGAUGUCUGAAUAUGUCAAGAAUCACUUCAGCUGCCGCACGCUUUCAAACAGCACUCCAUCUCGUCCAGUGCCGCUACGAGGGAAGAGUUUCAUAUUUGCCGUUUAGCUUCAUAAGAUUAUGAGGAAUUCCUUUGCGAUUGCCGUGCGUAACGAGCCUACAGUGCACAGGAGUGAAGGAAGAACAGCUGGAGCGCUGUCCAGGGUCCUGAAGUCAAGAAGCCAGAGGUGCUGAAGAGAGCACGGGCAUUCAGAAAGGACUGUAUGUCUAUGCCAAUCAAGCCUUGAGAUGACUUGGAAAAGGCUGCGUUCUGUGGCUGUCUGGGGAUUCAUUGCGUGGCAAAUAGGAAUUCUGUUGAGUUUGGUAGCGUCAAAAAAGCCAGAAAACCCUCAAGGAGAAAAAGCAUCGUCACCCUCUGACUUCCUUGACAAGCUCAUGGGAAGAACCUCAGGUUACGAUGCCAGAAUUAGGCCCAACUUUAAAGGUCCGCCUGUGAAUGUAACAUGCAACAUAUUCAUUAACAGUUUUGGCUCCAUUGCAGAGACAACUAUGGAUUACAGAGUGAACAUAUUUCUCCGGCAGAAGUGGAACGACCCUCGGUUAGCUUACAGCGAGUACCCAGAUGACUCCCUGGACCUGGAUCCCUCAAUGUUAGACUCCAUUUGGAAGCCUGAUCUGUUCUUCGCCAACGAGAAGGGAGCGCACUUCCACGAGGUCACCACUGACAACAAGCUCUUGAGAAUAUUCAAGAAUGGAAAUGUCCUCUAUUCAAUCAGACUGACUCUGACGCUCUCAUGUCCGAUGGAUCUGAAGAAUUUCCCCAUGGAUGUACAGACGUGCAUAAUGCAGCUGGAGAGUUUUGGCUACACAAUGAAUGACCUGAUCUUUGAGUGGCAAGAGAAGGAUUCUGUACAGGUGGCCGAAGGUUUGACGCUCCCACAGUUCAUCUUCAAGGAUGAUCCUGAUUUAAGAUACUGCACCAAGCACUACAACACAGGCAAGUUCACAUGCAUCGAGGUACGUUUUCACCUGGAAAGACAGAUGGGCUACUACCUGAUCCAGAUGUACAUUCCCAGCCUGCUCAUCGUCAUCCUGUCCUGGGUCUCCUUCUGGAUCAACAUGGAUGCCGCUCCUGCCCGUGUUGCCCUGGGAAUCACCACAGUGCUCACGAUGACAACUCAGAGCUCUGGAUCCAGGACAUCCUUACCUAAGGUGUCUUACGUGAAGGCAAUUGAUAUCUGGAUGGCUGUGUGCUUGUUAUUUGUCUUUUCUGCCCUGUUGGAGUAUGCUGCAGUCAACUUUGUUUCACGGCAACACAAAGAACUCUUACGAUUCCGACGGAAAGCCAGGAAGAAGUCUGGCAAGACUUUCGAUCAAACAUUUGAUGAGGAGCUUACUGAGUCAUUGCGUCGUAUCAAUGGCCUACGCAGUGCCGAGCCAGUUUACGGAUCAAUGGGCCAACUCGAUGAAUCCAAUGACAGGGAGGAGGAUGUGCAGGAGAGCCGGUUGAGCUUCACGCCCAACGCAGGGAAAGAUGGAGCCGUGCCCAAAGCUGCUAAUAAUGCGGCCACAACACCCUCUGACCCAACCCUUACUGCCGGCAAGAGUCAUGAGGAGAUGAGGAAACUCUUCAUCGACCGAGCCAAGAAGAUCGACACUGUGUCCCGUGCCGGAUUCCCACUGGCCUUCCUGUUUUUCAAUAUUUUCUAUUGGGUCCUUUACAAAAUCCUACGUCACGAGGACGUGCACAAGCCAUAGAUGGAACAUGGCAUGUUGCACCUUGGGAGGUACGGUAGUAACACAGCAAAGCUGCAUCAAUGAACUCUGAUGUUUCCUGCCAAGAUCUAUGCUAAAAUGACUAUGAAAAACUGUGAUGUCAAGGACCGGUGGUUAAUUUCAAAAGUUUGUUUGUGUUAUACACCCAUACGAAGAAACUGCACUCACUAUGCAAUGGAUAGGUAUCCGUAGGGCCUCUGACACACCUGUCCCACAACAAAAGUGGUCAGCACUUCUACACACCUGUUUAACACAGAAACACAGUCCAAUAUUGACUACAGCCCCUCGUAGUGACGUGUGUCUUGCACUGGUUUUGUCGACUCUGUUGUCUUACAGCUUUAUUGCCAACGUUCUGUGUUGUAUUUUUGAUAUACAGCUAUUGAAAAAUGGCAAGAGUGCAAGAGCAGAAAUGUAUAUUAUACAAAUAUCCAAACACAAACUACUAAUAUUGAUUAUUUUAUAAGGAAGAGUUAACUAGUUUUUAUUAGCAGUAAUGUGUCCCCGAACAUUUUGUCCCAACCUGAUUGUUGACCAGCUCUAGAAACCAGCAUCCAGGCCAAAAACAUUCUGAGCUAAAUCUCAAGAAUGACCCUGAACCAGCAAAGAAGACAAUUGUGUUUACAGCCAACUAUAUGAACACCUUAACAUUAACUGCUUCAAGGAAACACAUUUUGAAAACUUUAAUGGGUAGCAUACUGUCAGUAACCAUUAAGAAAUUGAAACCAUCCUUCAAGUUUUUCUCAAACAAAAGCAUUAUUGUUCGAAAACCAUUGCUCACUUCAAACUAAUGAUGCCACGGCAAUAUAAUGCGGCUGGGAGUGAAUAAUGUCAUACAUGUGUUGCAAAUUCAUGGAUGGAGAAAUGAAUUCAAGGAGGGCUUGUUGGGAUAAUGUUGCAGUCAACGUGUUUUCUGAGACAAGUCCUCAGACAAAAAAUUGUAAUGCGAAAAAAUGUAAAUGAGAUUCAUAAUUAUGAACAUAAUUAGAGUGGUUUUAAACUAAUCUAACUGCAUGUAUGGUGAUUGUAUAACUAUGAAUUCUGAAUAGACAUUAUUAAAUUAUACUAAAAGAGAAUUAUAUUUAAUUCUGCCUCUGAAGAUAUCC